GGCGCCGUCUCUCCCCGCCCCCCUCUCGGUCUCUACCCAGCCGGGACGCAGCCGAGCCCGGCGGGCAGCCCCAGCCCCAGCCGCGGCCGUCUGGGAGCGCCGAUGCCAAAGCCCCUCGGGCCAGGGCAGGGACCCGGGCCGCCUCGCCAGGCCUGGACAUUCCCUGAUUCCGAGCCCAGUGAACUCUUACGGAGCCUCUGGGAGGGAGUCAGGGCGGCCUCGGCAAAGCUCUGACAGCUCCAUGGCCUCGGCUGGCCACUGAGCCCCACCAUGGGCAGCCUGUACUCGGAGUACCUGAACCCCGACAAGGUCCUGGAGCACUAUAACUACACCAAGGAGACUCUGGAUGUCCCGCAGACGCUCUCCCGCCAGGUGGCCUUGGUCCUCAUCAUCAUCCUGUGCUGUGCCAUCGUGGUGGAGAACGUGCUGGUGCUGGUCGCCGUCGCCCGCAACAGCAAGUUCCACUCGGCCAUGUACCUGUUCCUGGGCAACCUGGCAGCCUCGGACCUGCUGGCGGGCGUGGCCUUCAUAGCCAACACCUUGCUCUCGGGCUCCGUCACCCUGCACCUGACACCCGUGCAGUGGUUUGCCCGCGAGGGCUCGGCUUUCAUCACGCUCUCUGCCUCCGUCUUCAGCCUCCUGGCCAUCGCCAUCGAGCGCCAUGUGGCCAUCGCCAAGGUCAAGGUCUACGGCAGCGACAAGAGCUGCCGCAUGCUGCUGCUUAUCGGGGCCUCCUGGCUCAUCUCGCUGGUUCUCGGUGGCCUGCCCAUCCUCGGCUGGAACUGCCUGGGUCACCUCGAGAGCUGCUCCACCGUUUUGCCGCUCUACACCAAAGACUACGUGCUCUGUGUGGUGACCAUCUUCUCUGUCAUCCUGUCGGCCAUCGUAGUUCUGUACGUCCGCAUCUACUGCGUGGUCCGCUCCAGCCAGGCCGAGGUGGCUGGCACGCAGACGCUGGCCCUUCUCAAGACAGUCACCAUCGUGCUGGGGGUCUUCAUCGUUUGCUGGCUGCCUGCCUUCAGCAUUCUCCUCCUGGACUACGCCUGCCCCGUGCGCGCCUGCCCUAUCCUCUACAAGGCCCACUACUUCUUUGCUUUCGCCACCCUCAACUCGCUGCUCAACCCCGUCAUCUACACAUGGCGGAGCCGGGACCUGCGGCAGGAGGUGCUGCGGCCCCUGCAGUGCUGCCAGAAGGUGGCGGGGGGGCAGGGACGGCGGGACGGGACCCCCCAUCACCGCCUCCUGCCCCUCCGUAGCUCGAGCUCGCUGGAGAGGGGCACCCACAUGCCCUCGUCGCCUACGAUUCUGGAGGGCAACACCGUGGUGUGAGGGGCACGUGAGCUGACAGCCAGGCCAUGGCAGAGGGCUCCGUGGGGAGGUGCCGCGUGACCUCAGACAGAGGUGGGGCUGCCUAGCAAGGUGGCCCACGCCCCAGCCCUGGGUGAUAUUGAAAAUAUCUCAUACCUGGGAAGGCCAGCGGAGGCCCUGACCUGCGGAAGGAAGAGCCACCGGCAGAGGCCUGGAGGCCAGGGCGGUGGCUGGUGUGACCCCUCAGAACUGGCUCAGGGGACGUCUGAGGUUCCCUGCAAAGGGCCUGGGUGACAGCAGGCAGGCACUCAAGGGGAACUCAGGGCAGGGGCCAUUGACAACUCGGUACAAAGGAUUUCGUUUCACGACCUCUCUGACUCUCCGCCUUGCCACAUUCUGGCAACCUCAGGCCCCCUCCCUGGAACCAGUGCCCCGGGGCUGGAGGCCUCCUCCCUCACUGUCUGGGCAGCCCUGGCUGAUAGUUCCCCAAGCCCGAGUCUACAGCUUCCCCAAAUGUCAGCUGGUACUUGGCCACUUCUUCCCUUUCCUCUUACUCCACGGGAUGCCAGGAAACCACGGAUUCAGGGGGAGGGAGGGCCGGGCGCUGAACCCCAUGCUCAGACCUCGUUGGCCAGUUGUACUAUUUGGGGCACAGAGAAAUCACCAAGGGCCGGGAAAACCUGUCUGCGGAGCGGAGGAGGGCUCAGCGUGGAACUUGAGAAAGUUCUGGGGGAGCUGUUAGCCCAGGACCCUUCCACCUCCCCCUCAAAACAACCACCCCCGGGCUACUCACACCUCCGGCCCCAGCUGAGGUCCCAGCUCUCCUAAGGCAGGGCGGCUGGAGUCCACUGGGCCUCCUUUCCAGCUGUAGCGACUGGAGCAGGGAGCCGGGGUGCUGAGGACGCUUGUGGGGGCUCUCCCCGAACCUGCUCCAGAAGGACUCUGCUAAAUCCUGUGGAUAAGUAGGAGGGUCCUUGCGGUACAAACAUAUUUAUGUGUCUCUCGGUGUCUGUGCGUGUCCUUGUGUGUGCGUGUGCGAUGUCUGCGACCUGUGCCCAUGUGUCCCCAGGAUGAAUGCCAUUCCGUCUCCUCGUGUCUGUGUUGAAGCUGCCAAAGAGGGGUCCGGCCCCACACUCAGACGCCUUCGUAAUCGCCGGCUCAUGCCCCCAUGUGAGAGCUGGGCUGCAGCUCACCUGGGAAAGGAAACCUCAUGCCUCAAAGUGACUUCUUGUGAAUGCACAGGUUGGGAGGGUCUUUUGGGGGGCAAGGAGCCAGAUGGGGGCUUGCCUCCCCUUAUUUCAGCUCCCCAGAUGCCCCCACGCCCCCAUUGUCUGAGACCAGGCCCAGGCCAAUAAACGGUUCAAUUCCUCUUUCUGA